AUGGCUACUUCUUCUGAAGAUUUAUCUAUACAAUGUAUGCAUGGUAAAGCUGGUAAUAGUAAUUGGAAAUUACCACGUCUUAUAGCAACAUGUGACAAAAAAGCACGACCAGAUGUUUAUGGUGAAAUCGAUGCUAGUGAAUAUUUAGAUAAUGAUAAUGUACUUGAUGCCAAACUUGAUAUAGUUGUAUCAUUAAUUCGACAAAGUCAACAAUUUGUUGUUUAUACUGGUGCUGGUAUAUCAACAUCAGCUGGUAUCGGUGAUUAUGCAUCAAAAGCAUCGAAUUCUAUAGUUAUGCGUGAAACAAGUGUUAAUCGUUUAAAAGCUAUACCAACAUUAUCUCAUCAUGUACUUGUGGCACUUGAAAAGAAAAAUCGUCUUAAACAUUGGGUACAACAAAAUCAUGAUGGUCUUGCACAACGUGCUGGAUAUCCACAAGAAAAAUUAAAUGAAAUUCAUGGUUCAUGGUUUGAUAAAAAGAAUCCUGUUGUUUUAAUGGAUGAUAACCUUAAAUCUGAUUUACAUAAAUGGUUAAAAGAAUGGGCAGAAAAAUCUGAUCUCGUACUUGCUAUGGGAUCAUCAAUGUCUGGUAUGGCAGCAGAUGUGAUAGCUUCAAGAGUAGCUGAAAGAGAAGGAACACUUGGUUUAAUUAUUAUUAAUUUACAAAAAACACCACAUGAUCAUCUUGCAACAAUAAGAAUUUUUGCACCAUGUGAUAAAGCUAUGUCUUUAUUAGCGAAUGAACAAAUCAAUGAAAGAUUUCUUAAUAAAAAAGUUCUUGCAUUGAAUAAAACAUAUAAUUCAAUAUUAGAUCGUUUAACAUUUAUUAAUCCACCAAAAUCAAUAUGUAUUUAUCCAAAGCAUACACAAAAUUUCAUAGUUUUUAUUGUUCUUUCACGUGCACUUAAUUUUGAUUUUCGUCAAGCAAUUCGUGCUACAUGGGGCCGUAAUGGAAAAUAUAAACAAUAUAAUAUUUAUGUACAAACUAUAUUUUUUGUUGGAACUGACGAUAGUGUUCAAUCAGCUAUACGACUUGAACAAUCAUUAUUUAAUGAUGUUGUUGAAGUUGUUAUACCAGAAAAUUAUCCAUUUGUCGCUCAUAAAGAAUUAGCAUCUUUAUUCUGGACUCGUCUUUAUUGUCCAUUAGCUCGUCUUAUAUUUCGUGCUGAUGAUGACAUCUUAUUGGAUACAUUUUUAUUAUUAGAUUAUAUAAAAAAUCAUUUAAAUAUUAAUACUCAAGAUGGUUUACAUGGAUGGUUUCGUUUUAAUAAUACAGUUCAUCGUGCAGAUAAAUGGGCUAUAACAAAAAUUGAAUAUAAACCAAAAAUAUAUCCUCCAUAUACAUUUGGUAUAGGUUAUUUAUUUUCAAAUGUUUCAUGUCAACGUUUAGUUAAUGCAGCCAAUCGUCCAAAACAUCAAGUAAUACGUGUGGGUGAUGCAUAUAUAACUGGUAUUUUACGUGAUUUAGCACGAAUACCAUAUUAUGAUUUUCAAAAUCUUGAAUAUGCUUAUACAUUUUAUAAUCCAAUAUCAUGUGAUAUAUUUUUUGAGGAUAAACCUCAGUUAUUAUUAUGUAUGUCAAAAUUACAUGUUGGAAUACGUGAUGAUCCAUUUGAAUUCUAUGAUGUUUGGAAUAUUAUUUUAACUAAACAUCAUACAUCAUUAUCAAAUGCAACUUGA